AUGGAAGCACAAACCGUAGCUAAGAUUGUCACUAAUGAAGUAAUCUGUAGGCUUGGAUGUCCAGCGACAAUUCAUUCAGAUCAGGGAAGACAAUACGAGAGCAUUCUCUUCACUGAGGUAUGUAAGCUUCUCCAGAUCUGCAAGACAAGAACCACACCAUAUCAUCUGCAGUCAGAUUGUAUGGUGGAACGGUUCAACAAAACAUUAGCCACUAUGCUGAGCGCCUACGUGGAUGAGAAUCAUCGAGAUUGGGAUGAAAGCAUUCCGUUUGUGAUGAUGGCUUAUAGAGCGUCUCAACAUGAAUCCACUGGCUAUAGUCCUAACAUGCUCAUGUUAGGAAGGGAGGUCGCUACACCUCUAGAUAUCAUGUAUGAUAUGCCUUCGUCUUGGAAAGAAGUACCUAGAAGUGAAUGGGUUUGGAUAAUGCAAGAUACGAUGGAGAGAGCACACGCCUUUGUCAGACGUCAUGCAGAAGGUGCAAUGUUUCGUCAGAAACAUUAUCAUGACAUGAAAAUUUCCUAUGAGAAGUUCAAGGAAGGAGAAAAUGUAUACGUAUACUUCCCCCAGCGCAAAGUUGGAUGCUCACCGAAGUGCACGUCAUACCUGCGGGGACCGUUCAAGAUACUCACAAAACUAUCGGAAGUUUUGUAUAAAGUUAACUGUGGUCGGAAUGGUAAAGACCAGGUUAUACAUUGUGACCGCUUGAAAACGUGCAAAGCUCAGAUUCUGAAAGGAGAGAACGAACUGCAGACCCCUCUGGAGAGCAGCACGGAAAGCCAACUUGAUGUUCAGUUUGAGUCAGAGGUUAUUGAUGAGCGUCAGUCAAAAGUAGAGGUUACAGAUGAACUAGCUGAGGAAUUCUAG